UCUCCCCUCGCUCCCAACUCCUCCCCCACCGCCUCCCCUCCCUCCCUCUGCUCCCUCGCUCUCCUCCCCGCUGUCUCCGGCGCGCGGGGUCUGGAGCUAGUUGGAGAGCGGGGGUUGGUGCCAGAGCCCAGCUCCGCGGAGCCGGGCGGGUCGGCCGCUCAUCCAGCGGCUGCUGGACGAGGCGGAGCGCAGCGGGCACAGCCCAGGGCCGGAUUGCACCCGGGCGCGAAGCCCAGGGUCGGGCGCCCUUGCUGCGCGGCCGCCUCGUUCCCAGACGGGCCGCCAGCCCUCGGGGUCGCCGCGGCGCGGACCGCUAGCCGCCGGGAGCCGCACCUGCGCGUGCCGCCGGAGGUUUCCUUCUCAGCCUGACUCCGGGAGCUAGGACUGCAGAGGGCUCCACCAUGGUGCUCCCAGGACCCCUAGCUCUGUCACUCCUGCUACCCAGCCUCGCUCUGCUGGUGGCUCACCUCUCCAGCUCCCAUGAUGUCUCCAGCGAAACCAGCAGUGAACAGCAGCUCUGCGCCCUGAGAGAGCACCCCACUGUGACCUUUGAAGAUCUGAAGCCCUGGGUCUCUAACUUCACCUACCCUGGAGCCCGAGAUUUCUCCCAGCUUGCUCUGGAUCCCUCCAGGAAUCAGCUCAUCGUGGGAGCCAGGAACUACCUCUUCAGACUCAGCCUUGCCAAUGUCUCCCUCCUUCAGGCCACAGAGUGGGCCUCCAAUGAGGACACACGCCGCUCCUGCCAGAGCAAAGGGAAGACUGAGGAAGAGUGCCAGAACUACGUGCGGGUCCUGAUCGUCGCGGGCCAGAAAGUGUUCAUGUGUGGCACCAAUGCCUUUUCCCCCGUGUGCUCCAGCAGACAGGUGGGGAACCUCAGCAGAACUAUUGAGAAGAUCAAUGGUGUGGCCCGCUGCCCCUAUGACCCACGCCACAACUCCACAGCUGUCAUCUCCUCCCAGGGGGAGCUCUACGCUGCCACAGUUAUCGACUUCUCUGGUCGGGACCCUGCCAUCUACCGCAGCCUGGGCAGUGGGCCACCACUUCGCACUGCCCAGUAUAACUCCAAGUGGCUCAAUGAGCCAAACUUUGUGGCAGCCUAUGACAUUGGGCUGUUUGCAUACUUCUUCCUGAGGGAGAACGCAGUGGAGCACGACUGUGGGCGCACUGUGUACUCUCGCGUGGCCCGAGUGUGCAAGAACGAUGUGGGGGGCCGCUUCCUGCUGGAGGACACGUGGACCACAUUCAUGAAGGCCCGGCUUAACUGCUCCCGCCCGGGUGAGGUCCCCUUUUACUACAACGAGCUGCAGAGUGCCUUCCACCUGCCCGAGCAGGACCUCAUCUACGGAGUCUUCACCACCAACGUAAACAGCAUCGCAGCUUCUGCCGUCUGUGCCUUCAACCUCAGCGCCAUCUCCCAGGCUUUCAAUGGCCCCUUUCGUUACCAGGAGAACCCCAGGGCUGCCUGGCUCCCUAUCGCCAACCCCAUCCCCAAUUUCCAGUGCGGCACCUUGCCCGAGACUGGCCCCAACGAGAACCUCACAGAGCGCAGCCUGCAGGACGCGCAGCGCCUGUUCCUGAUGAGCGAGGCCGUGCAACCCGUGACCCCUGAGCCGUGUGUCACCCAGGACAGCGUGCGCUUCUCACACCUCGUCGUGGACCUAGUGCAGGCCAAGGACACGCUCUACCACGUGCUCUACAUCGGCACCGAAUCAGGCACCAUCCUGAAGGCGCUGUCCACCGCCAGCCGCAGCCUCCGUGGUUGCUACCUGGAGGAGCUGCACGCGCUGCCGCCUGGGCGCCGCGAGCCCCUGCGCAGCCUGAGCAUCCUGCACAGCGCGCGCGCGCUCUUCGUGGGGCUGAGCGACGGCGUGCUGCGCGUCCCGCUGGAGCGGUGCGCUGCCUACCGCAGCCAGGGGGCUUGCCUGGGGGCCCGGGACCCGUACUGUGGCUGGGACGGGAAACAGCAGCGGUGCAGCACACUCGAGGACAGUGCCAACAUGAGCCUCUGGAUGCAGAACAUCACCACCUGUCCUGUGCGAAACAUGACCCGGGAUGGGGGCUUUGGCCCAUGGUCACCUUGGCAGCCUUGUGAACACUUAGAUGGAGACAACUCAGGCUCCUGCAUGUGCAGGGCCCGAUCCUGCGACUCCCCUCAACCCCGCUGUGGGGGCCUUGACUGCCAGGGGCCAGCCAUCCACAUCGCCAAUUGCUCCAGGAACGGGGCAUGGACCUCAUGGUCGUCGUGGGCGCAGUGCAGCACGUCCUGUGGGAUCGGAUUCCAGGUCCGCCAGCGAAGCUGCAGCAACCCCGCACCCCGCCACGGGGGCCGCAUCUGUGUGGGCAAGAGCCGCGAGGAGCGGUUCUGUAAUGAAAACACGCCUUGCCCGGUGCCCAUUUUCUGGGCCUCCUGGGGCUCCUGGAGCAAGUGCAGCAACAACUGCGGGGGCGGCGUGCAGUCGCGGCGUCGGACCUGCGAGAACGGCAACUCCUGCGCGGGCUGCGGCGUGGAGUUCAAGACGUGCAACCCCGAGGGCUGCCCCGAGGUGCGGCGCAACACGCCGUGGACGCCGUGGCUGCCCGUGAACGUGACGCAGGGCGGGGCGCGGCAGGAGCAGCGCUUCCGCUUCACGUGCCGCGCGCCCCUGCCCGACCCCCACGGCCUGCAGUUUGGCCGGAGAAGGACGGAGACGCGAACGUGCCCGGCCGACGGCUCCGGGGGCUGCGACACCGACGCCCUGGUGCAGGAUCUCUUGCGCAGCGGCAGCGCCUCCCCGCACACGCUGAACGGGGGCUGGGCCGCCUGGGGCCCCUGGUCGUCCUGUUCCCGGGACUGCGAGCUGGGCUUCCGCGUCCGCAAGAGAACGUGCACCAACCCGGAGCCCCGCAACGGAGGUCUGCCCUGCGUGGGCGACGCCGCCGAGUACCAGGACUGCAACCCGCAGGCUUGCCCAGUGCGGGGUGCUUGGUCCUGCUGGACCUCGUGGUCCCAGUGUUCAGCCUCCUGCGGUGGGGGCCACUAUCAGCGCACACGUUCCUGCACCAGCCCAGCGCCCUCCCCAGGUGAGGACAUCUGUCUCGGGCUGCACACGGAGGAGGCGCUAUGCGCCACACAGGCCUGCCCAGAAGGCUGGUCGCCGUGGUCUGAGUGGGGUGUAUGCGCUGAGGAUGGAGCCCAGAGCCGCAGCCGGCGCUGCGAGGAGCUUGUCCCAGGGCCUGCUACCUGUGCUGGCAACAGCAGCCAGAGCCGCCCCUGCCCCUACAGUGAGAUUCCGGUAAUCCUGCCUGCCUCGAGUGUAGAGGAGGCUGCUGGCUGUGGAGGGUUUAGUCUCAUCCACCUGGUGGCCACAGGUGUCUCCUGCUUCCUGGGCUCUGGGCUUCUGACCAUGGCAGUUUACCUGUGUUGCCAGCACUGCCAGCGCCAGUCUCAGGAGUCCACACUUGUCCACCCUGCCACUCCCAACCACCUGCACUACAAGGGCGGGGGCACCCCCAAGAACGAGAAGUACACCCCUAUGGAGUUCAAGACCCUGAACAAGAGUAACCUGAUUCCUGAUGACAGAGCCAACUUCUACCCCCUGCAGCAGACCAAUGUGUAUACGACCACCUACUACCCCAGCCCCCUACACAAGACCAGCUUCCGGCCCGAGGCCUCGCCUGGACAGCGGUGCUUUCCCAACAGCUGAUCCAACCGUCCUGGGACUUGGGGUCCUUGCCUUCCCAAGGCACAGAGCAGUGGAGAUGGGACAGUGGAGCCACUUUGGUGUUCCCCCUCUGUGCUAGGCCAGGAACUCACUGCCUGGUCAGUGCGGGUCCCAUCUGGCUUCAGAGAGCUCUGGCUGGCAGUGACCACGGGGAAAAGGGCUGGCCUCGGGCUGUCACGUGGCUGUGGAUCCAGCGCAGCCCAGGUCUGUCGUGGCUUCCUUGUGACCCUCCAUCACGCUGAGCCUCCCCUGCCAGGUCUGAGCUGUGGACCCACUGAGCAUGUGAGGAUUUGGAGAGUGGAGAAGGCAAGGGGCAGGCCCUUAGGUUUGGGGUGGAAGUGACUUCCAGUGGCCACCAUAAGCCAAAUCUGCCCUUCUCUGGCUGGCCCCAAAACAGACUUGGGCUACCACGGUUCUCAUAUCCAGAUUGUCUCUGAAAGGAACUAGUCAAAUGGCCCGGGAGCUCUGGAUCCCCACCCAGGACUGGACCAUUGUGGUGCUGCCCAGUGUGACACGGGGCCAAGCUGGCCCAGGCUGUCCACUUCUGACCAGCAGUUUGUAUUUGGGUCAGGAUCAUCCUUCUGGUCAGAGAGGAUGAGGACUGGGAACUGAAGGCUGGACUCCGCUGAGAAGCCCUUAGAUCCAGCCUGGCACAGGCCUUGCCUCACCCUCAGAAUGGUUGAAAGGUGGCCAGGAAGUCGGAAGGCUCGAGACCACGGAAGCCAGUGCCUGGCCUCUGUGCCUCUACAGAAACCCCUUCCUGCUGCUGCUCAACAGAACUGUUGGCUGGGACUUACUUGGGAGUCUCUGCUGGCCCUUCAUCGAUUCAGGAACACACACAAUCACCACCUGCUACAGCAACGAAGAGGAUCUUGGGCUGUGGCAUUGUUAAUUAAAGAUGAUACCCAGUUUCCACACGCAA